AGGUGCCUAGCUUGACUCUGGCGCGCGCGCCUUCUCGCUGACGAUGGACGCUGCAUCCACGCCGGAGAAACCCCCGCCACCGCCGGAGACAUCUCUCACGCCGGAGACCGCUCUCACGCCGGAGUCGGCAGGUGAACCAGAACGAAAGCCACUAGAGCAGAAGGAGCCCUCUGCUCCACGCACUACUCGCCCGCCUGAUGCGGCUGUUUCCGGGGUCGACCGGGUUACGGUCCCAAGCUACGGAAGAUGGUUUUCGUUCGACCGGAUCCAUGAUACGGAACGCCGGAUGCUCGCUGAGUUCUUUGACGGGCGGUCGACGGCCAAGAACCCUAGAGUGUACAUGUACCUUAGGGACUUCAUUGUGAAGAAGUACAGGGAAAAUCCGUCGAGGAAGAUUACCUUUACCGAGGUAAGGAGGAUGCUCGUUGCAGACGUAGGCUCUAUCCGGAGGGUAUUCGAUUUCCUGGAGAGUUGGGGAUUGAUCAACUACACUCCGUCGAAGCAGAGUCUGCGGUUGGAGGAGAAGGAGAAGACGUCCGUCCCAGUAUUAGCAUCUCCAGGAGCAGCUUCUUCGCCGGCCAUGAUGUCGGAAUCUGCUCGGCUGUCCCGGUUCUUCAAUCCUACAGUUUCUGGAGAGAUUACGAUGGACGCAGGGAGAAACAUUAAGGACGGGACUAAGAAACUGUGUAGUGGUUGUAAGUCGCCCUGCAGCAACACGUGCUUUGAUUGCCGUAAGGCUGAUGUUGUUCUUUGCACAAGAUGCUUCAUUCGUGGCAACUAUCAGUUUGGCCUUUCUGGUGCAGAUUUCAAGCGGAUUGAUCUUACUGUUGCUCAAGAGACUAGAACAGGCUGGAGUGAUGCGGAGACAUUGCGACUUUUAGAAGCUAUCUUGCAGUAUAAUGAUGAUUGGAGGAUGGUAUCUGAUCAUGUUGGCAGUAGGACUGAGAAAGAAUGCAUUGCUCGGUUUAUCAAGCUUCCAAUAGGGGAGCAGUAUAUUGAACCUUUAAACAUUCAGGAUGACAAGGAACCUGCUAUAGGUGAGGAAAACGGAGAAAGAAAUGGUGUGAAUCCAACAAAAAGAAGGCGUCUUACCCCACUUGCAGAUGCAACCAAUCCAAUAAUGGCUCAGGCUGCAUUCUUGUCAGCCUUGGUGGGCUCUGAUGUAGCAUCUGCUGCUGCUCAUGCUGCUGUUGCUGCUAUAUAUGAUGACCGACCUUAUUCUCAAGAUACAGCUGCUGAAAGAAAUGGAGUGGCAAGAGCUUUAGAGGACGCAUCUGCACAAGCACAUGCUCAGCUAGAUCAAGAAGAGAUGGAUGUGGAGAGAGCGAUCACAAAUAUUAUUGAAGUUAAGCUGAAGGGGAUUCGGGACAAAAUCAUGCGCUUUGAGGAGCAGGAAUUGCAGACGGAGAAAGAGCGUAUGCAACUGGACCACAUGAAAGGCCUUCUAUUUGCUGAUCAGCUGAAUUUUCUGCAACGAAGCUCCCAUGCUAGAUCUACCGACACUUCAAAGCCUGAAAGUGCUAAAAUUGCUACUGAUGUCACAUGACUGCUAUGCAUGUACAGUGUAAUCCAGUCUUCUUUGUUUAAUGCGCUGUAGCCUGUCAUAGUCCAUAAUUAUUAAAAGAUCAAUGCCGGCGACAGGCCUUUCUAAACUGUUGGCAUUGAGUAGCCCCUUUGCUUGAUUGUGAGGGGCUGAUAUUACAGUCAUGAACUUGCGGGUAACUCCGUCACCUUUUUGAAUCAUAUAAAAAAAGAACGUGGCCUUGCAAAGGCCAGGAUUUGUCUUGGCCCUCCUUUCAAAGCAAAUUUCUUUUGCCUUCA